UCUCAUUUUGGUGCGGGAUGUUCUUGCUGAUGGUCAGCAAGUCAGACAGACAGUCCGGGGCUUGGCAUUUUUCUCUUCACAUUCUGUUGGGGGCUGCGGUUGAAAAGAAAAAAGAAAAAGUUGCAACCAUGACGAGACAAAGACAGUGAGUGAAUAUUGACGUGGAAUGAAUUAAGUCACUUAGGCGACCCAUCAUGGCGAUAAGGGAGCUUAAAGUUUGUCUUUUAGGGGACACCGGUGUGGGAAAAUCCAGCAUUGUGUGUCGCUUCGUCCAGGAUCACUUUGACCACAACAUUAGCCCCACGAUAGGAGCCUCAUUCCUGACCAAGACAGUGCCAUCCGGAAGCGAGCUGCAUAAAUUUCUGAUUUGGGACACGGCGGGACAGGAGCGGUUCCACUCAUUAGCACCAAUGUACUACAGAGGAUCAGCUGCUGCUGUCAUCGUCUAUGAUAUCACUAAACUGGACUCUUUCCAGACAUUAAAGAAGUGGGUGAAGGAGCUGAAGGAACAUGGGCCCGAGGACAUUGUUGUUGCUAUUGCAGGGAACAAGAACGACUUAGGAGAUAUCAGGGAAGUCCCAAUGAAGGAGGCCAAGGAGUUUGCUGAAUCCAUUGCCGCCAUCUUCAUCGAGACCAGCGCCAGGAAUGCCGUAAACGUGGAGGAACUCUUCCAGAAGAUCAGCAAACAGAUCCCGCCGCUAGAAAACCUCGACGUGGAAAGCACAGAGUCGUUCAAGCUGACCCGACAGCCUGCUCCGUCCACCAGGAGGUGCUGCUAGAACAUCUACAGACUGUCAAGGUCACAGCCGCCAUGCAAAACAUCUCAUGCUUAGUUUCACAUGUAUUACAAGGUAUUGGAACCACUAUGAAAAGAAAAAGAAAAGAAGCACUUUUAUAUUCUAGAUUUUUUCUCAAAAAUAGCAAUAACGUAAAAAAAAAGAAGUUGAAUAAAAAAUGUGUAGUUUUACAAGAAUAAGUUUUACAAGAAUAAGGCAACUUCAUGAAGUUUGGCCUUAAUACUCAAAUGUGACAUAACCUCAGUUAUCUAACAAAAGAAUAACUUUUUUUUUUUUUUAGUAACUCAUAUAUUGCCCUCUUUUGCUGCAUUGCAAAGCAUUUCCAUCCCAUUAGCUCUCAUUACCCUCAAUGCACUGUGGCUCUUCAGUGGCGCAGCAACAUACAAUUUUUAUGCACAUGCACUUGUGUAGCACACGCACACAUACGCACACACACGCACACACACUUGCACACACACUUGCACACACACUUGCACAGACAAAUAUUUAUGCACUUGUAUAAGAGGUAACCGUAAUAGUUGCAUGGUUAGUACGGCGCCCCCUGCUGGAAUAUUAUGACCGUCCCCUUUGCUACAGUUGUUUACAUGCUGAAUGAACUACAGAUGAACACAUUGUGUCAAGUGCAUUUAGUCUUUGCAUGAAGAGACUUGCCUCAUAAGCAGUGAUUGGUUUUAUCAACAUUUUUACCUUUUGUACAAGUGUAAAACCAAGUUAAAAACAGUUUAAUAAAACGGAAAUAAAGUCAAAGCAAGCGCUCAUUAACUGAGUUCAUCUUUUAGAUGCUCACUGAGCUGAAGUGUUGUUCCACUGUGGAAUAUCCGCUGUUUACUGUUGUGUGCUUUCAUUACAGAGAAUACAACAUGUGUUUUCCAUGUAUUAUAUUUUGUAUUUCUACCCCAGAAGGGGAAUUUUUUAAUAUUACCUUUAAAAAAAAAAAAAAAAAAGACUAAUGAGCAUGUAAGAAAGUCUUUAAAUACAAUGAACUAACAAAUAAACAAUAUAAUUUUAAAGAAGAAAUUAGGUUUUUUAAUCACAAUAUGUUCUAUGCAUCCUCAUUCGUCUAAACCUGAUAUUCUGAUUAAUUUUGCAUUAAUCAUAAAAGUCCAUCCAUUUUUAGCCAUCUCAGAGGGCUUGCCAUUCUGCCUUGAACCGCCACCUGCUGUUGACUGACAAUAACAUCACAGUGCCUGAGGGCUCAGGAAGGACUUUUUCUGGGUUUGCUCAUGUCACAUUGGCAAGAUCAUCCCUUAGACCAGUGGUCCCCAACCUUUUUUGCGCCACGGACCGGUUACGUGUCAGAAAUAUUUUCGCAGACCGGCCUUCAUAUAAAUAAAUAAUACAUUUAUAAUAAAUAUAUAAACUCACCAUUACGUUGAAUUAGUGGGAGCACUCAGCUUGUUUCUCGGAAACGAUCCCAUCGAGGCGUAAUCGGACACAAUGACACCCGAAGUGGUUAAGGUUUGUCUUUUAAGACAGGAUGCUUGGUCUCCACUUGCCGAAGCAGUUUUGAAGGCUUCAUUGCCUCGUUAGCUAGCCUGUCGCCACAUAUUAUGCAGAGUGGGAUUGGCGCGUCAGAGUCACCUGUAGCAAUAAAUCCAUAUUUUAAGUCGGACUCCAGAAAUUUUCUUUUAAAUGCAGCUUUCCUUUUCUUAGAAUUCGUAGCCUCUUCUUCCGUCUCCUCAUUGGGCUUUUUUCCCUUUCCAAAGAAGUAUUCCAAACAUCUCUGUUUCUUGCUCAUAUUUGCUUGCUUCGCGGGCUCGAGUGAGAUGAAAUGUCACGUGACCGAGACGAGCGUCUUGACCUGAACCGACGGAUGUAAUUGGGAGAGAAUCGACAUUUUUUUUUAUAUUUUUCAAAAUACAUUCGGCUUGGCGGCCCGGUACCAAAUGACCCACGGACCAGUACCGGUCCCCAGACCGGGGCUUGGGGACCCCUGCCUUAGACACUGUGACGUCAUUUUCAGUCGACAGCAAGUUGCAAAAUGGCCGCCCCCUUAGAUAGAUAAAAAUACGAGUGGAUUUUUCUGCUUAAUCCAUAUUCCCCAAAUGCAAUAUCAAAUCCAAAUUCAGUGUUUAUGCUCGUAGGGGCACAUAGAACAUACUGUAAAGAUUUUUGACUUGACUUCCCCUUUAAAGUGUGUUUUUAAAUAAGUUUGUAUCAUCAGUUUAUUUCAUCCAUGCUGGAUUUAUUGUUAGUAUGCAAUGAAGCGAUCUUGCGAAACAUACUGGAUGUCAAAUUACCGUUUUUUCCCAUGUAUAAUGCGCCCCCAUGUUUAAUACGCACCCUAAAAAUGGCAUGUUGAUGCUGGGAAAAAAGCCUGUACCCAUGUAUAAUACGCACCCAAAUUUUGACUCCUACUUAAGUCCGUGAACGUAAAAUUAUUUCAGAAAAAAGAUCAUCUUUGGGAACAACCGGAUGUUAUUCUGCCGGUCAGUAUCACUGCGCAUGCGCUAGCAUACUCAAUAGCGAAGAAAUGUUUCGGAUUUGUGUAGGGUACAUUGUGACAGCAUACGAGCAGGUGAUCUAGCAAGCGUCUGAUACGAGAGCAUUGUGUUCGUAUGGAGCGUGUUUGAAGUGAACAGCAGAGAAGAAAGCGCAUCUGUAAUGGCGGCCUCCGUAUGAUAUCCGGAUUUAAAAAAAAAAAAAAAAUUUUUUUUUUUGUACCCAUGUAUAAUGCGCACCCCAGAUUAUACAUGGAAAAAAACGGUAGUUGAUAUUCCCAAAAGUGCCUCUAUGCAUGAAAGCUGAUUUAUCAAAUGACGUAGAGCUUCCUUGAAGGUGCUCUAACUUGUUUAUGCAUCUAAUCAGUGUACUGUAAUAAAAUUGUAAUUAUUUACUCUUA